AGGAACUGUUGUACGGCACGCUGUGUCUCAGAGUUGUACUUUGUAUGUACGUUAUUGUCAGGUCCUUGAGGGGUUUUGUUUUGGUUUUAUACCUCUUGUUUACAGCUACACUGGGAGCUGUGUUUGGCGUAACUACCUGCCUCAGUGCCCAAAUCCGAGAGGAACCGGACGAUCCCUUGAACUAUUUCAUAGGAGGCUGCGCAACAGGAGCUGUCUUAGGUGCAAGAGCUCACAGUUACAUGACUGGCACCACUGCAUGUUUGGGGUUUGGAAUUACUGCUGCUCUGAUGAAGAUAGGUAACAAGGAGGGCUGGAGGCUGACGGGACCUCCCAAGCUGUAG